AUGUGCGAAGACGAGGCGGGGGAUGGAAGAACGCCCGCUGCAACCGCCGCGGCCAACACAGACCUGCCUAGCCAGCCGCCAUCGAUGGCAAGCUCAGUGAUCGAGGCCGCUAGCCAACCGGGCGACGAGGAUGAAUUCGACCCGGUAGAAGGAUAUGAAACCUCCAACUCGCUUGCCUCUACCAGUGCCACAUCUAGCAUCUACGCGCACACCUUCGAGAAUGGGCGACGCUACCAUUACUUCAAGAAUAGCCGCUAUCCGUUACCAGACGACGAUAUGGAACAAAGCCGCGAGGACAUGAAGCACGCCAUGAUGAUGGAGCUAACGGAUGGAAAGCUCUUUUAUGCUCCUGUCGACGACAAUCCCCAAGAAAUUAUUGAUAUCGGGACAGGAACUGGAAUCUGGGCCAUCGAAGUCGGCGACCAAUACCCGAGUGCACAUGUCCGUGGCAUCGACAUGACACCAAUUCAGCCCGUUUGGGUGCCGCCAAAUGUUGACUUUCUUGUGGAUGACUGCUCCAACGAGUGGCUAGCUACCAAUGUUGACCUAGCCCACUUUCGCUUCAUGGUGAUGAUCCUUCGGGACGUACCGAAUAUCAUGAAGCACUGCUACAAGUACGUCGACGAUGAGCUCAACUUCCAUUCCUCAACAAAGUUCUUGAAGCCCGGCGGUUGGGUUGAACUGCAGGAACUUCUGGGUGAAGUUAUGUGCGACGAUAACACAAUGCCAGAAGAUGACCCGCUCAAGUACGUUUAUCAGCUGGCCGACCAAGCUUUCACAAAGUUCGGCAUGAAUGUGAAGCUAGCACGGGAGUUGGAACCUGUUUUGCGCGAGGCUGGCUUCGUCAACAUCCAGUGCAUUGCUAAAAAGGUACCCAUUGGGGUUUGGGCGAAAAACAAAACACUUCGCCUCAUCGGACUGUACCAGAAGAUGGCUGUUGCCGACAUCUUGGGUGCUGUCGCUGGCCGACCGUUCGCUGCCCUUGGAAUACCUGCCAAUGAGCGAGAAGUAAUCAUUGCGCUGGCACGACGCGCUAUGGAAGAUAACAGCGUGCAUCGCUACUUCACGUACUACUUCUGGUAUGCACAAAAGCCAGUAGAUGGACCUGAAGAUAGUCCGCCACAUUCACCGUGA